AUGGCGUUUCUGUGGGCAGUUGCCUGCCUGGCCCUUGCCAGCACCGUCUCAGGCUGCGGGGUGCCCGCCAUCAGCCCCUCGCUGCGCUACGACGAGAGGAUCAUCAACGGGCAGAACGCGGUGCCCGGCUCAUGGCCCUGGCAGGUGUCCCUGCAGUCCCGCUCGGGAUCCCACUUCUGCGGCGGCUCCUUGAUCAACGAGAACUGGGUCGUCACGGCUGCCCACUGCGAAUUCAACCCGUACUCCCACGUCGUCGUCCUCGGGGAAUAUGACCACAGCUCCAACACGGAGUCCGUUCAAGUGAAGACCGUGGUCAGGGCCGUCACGAACCCCAACUGGGACCCCUCCAACUUGAACAACGACAUCACCCUGCUGAAGCUCUCCUCGCCCGCCCAGCUGGGACCCCGCGUGUCCCCCGUCUGCCUGGCCCCCGCCAACCUGGCUCUGCCCACCAACCUCCAGUGCGUCACCACCGGCUGGGGACGCACCAACACCAACUCCCAAGCCUUGGCAACGCGCCUGCAGCAGGUAACCCUGCCCUUGAUCUCCCGGAGCCAGUGCGUGCAGUACUGGGGCAACCGGAUCACCAGCUCCAUGCUCUGUGCCGGCGGGGUCGGCGCCUCCUCCUGCCACGGUGACUCUGGCGGACCUCUGGUAUACCAGAACGGGAACGUCUGGACCUUGAUCGGCAUCGUCUCCUGGGGAAACAGCAACUGCAACGUCCGCAUGCCGGCCGUGUACACCCGUGUAAGCCAGUUCCGAAACUGGAUCGACUACGUUGUUGCUCAGGGAUAG